UUUUUUCGGUAAAUGUAUUGCUGGCUAUCUCAUAUUCAAAUCAAAUCAAAACCCAUUCAAAGACAAACAUGCCCCAAAACACUCUACUAAUUAUCAAUCUCUCUACCUUUAUAACAACCAUUUUUUUUUUAAUUCAAAGAGCAAUAGAGCAAAAUACAUCAAAUCUUUUCACAAAGCCCAAAUUCUACCAUUUUAAAAUCCUUCAUCACAGGCAUUGUCACAUGGGGUUGCCUCUAUAUUAUGUUCUUCUUUUUCUAAUCAAAACAUUUAUUUAAUGGGUCUUCGUUGUGCUCAUGAUUCCCAAACCAGGCCCCCAUUUCAAAUAUAUAUGUUUUGUAUACCUCAAUAACCGAAGUACCUAUCCAACAAAGAGAAACAAAACAGAGUCUUAGCAGAGGGGGAAAAAAAAAAAUGGCCACCAUCAAUGAGAAACACCCAAAGAGAGGAAGUUUCAUGUCCAUUUACAAACCCAGUUCAGGGAAUCGAAUUAAGACUGAAUCAAAACCCUCUUUGGUGGAUAAGAAUUACAUUAAUGUUUCACGUAGCUGGUUAUUCAGAAAACAAAGAGGAAGAAAAGAAGCAGAGGAUCAAUUUGCCAGUGGCCGAGAGCCUGCAGCAGCAGCAAGGAAUAAUGAAGAAGAAAGAGGUGGGCAAGGAAGAGAAGAAGGAAUGGUAGUGGUUGAGGCAAGGAAAUCAGUUUCCCAUGUGGAAACCAACUUGGCAUCAGUGGCUUCGUUCUUGCAAGUGAAAGUUUUGGUUUCUGACAUGCCUGGUUUCAUGCAAGUCCAUGCUUUCAGAUGUUGUAGGAGAACUUAUGAUAGCUUGGAGAAGUUUAGUGCAAAGCACAUGGCUUAUAAUAUGAAAAAGGAGUUUGACAAGGUGUAUGGCCCUGCAUGGCAUUGCAUCGUUGGUUCAAAUUUUGGGUCGUUUGUGACACAUUCAACUGGUUGUUUCCUUUAUUUUUCAAUGGAGAAGCUGUACAUUUUGUUAUUUAAAACUAAAGUUCAAAAAGCAGCAGACUGAGUAGUUGAUAGAUAUAGAAUACUUAUUAAUUUUCUCAAGUUCUUACCAAGUUUGUAAACUGUUGAAUUUUUAUUAUUAUCCUGUAUGUAGAAGCUUGUAAAUGACAAAAAAACACUUGAAUGUAAUCCAAAUUUUCAAUAAAUUUGGUUUUCUGGUUGUUUUAUUGAAAUGACAGAACUUUCUUGGAUGGGUGGUUCUGAGGGAAGAUUCUUAAAACA